AUGUCAAACCAAACCGGCUCCGACGAUCUCUAUGUUGGCUGCAAAGCCUAUAACGGCACCGAUACCAGUUAUGGUUAUAUUCCUUCGGGCGCGGCCGGUUCUGCCUUCUGUGUGCUCUUUGGAGUGUCCAUGGUUGCUCACAUUGUCCAAUUCUGUUGGAAACGAACGUGGUGGUGCAGUGUAUUUGCAGUAGGAUGCUUUGUUGAACUACUUGGAUGGGCCGCUCGCAAGUGGAGUGCGGAUUGCCCCUACAAUUCCACUGCCUUUUUGAUUCAAAUCUCAACUUUGAUCAUCGCACCUGUCUUUUUCACCGCCGGCAUAUACAUUCUUCUCGGUCGCUAUAUCCAAAUAUUCGGCAAGGAGACCUCCUUCCUCACACCAAAGCUCUACCUCUGGAUCUUUUGUACCUGCGACGUGAUCUCGCUCGUCAUCCAAGCCGCAGGUGGUGGCAUUGCCAGCUCUGAAUCCGACGACCCCAAUGGAAACACGGACCCAGGCACUAACACCAUGGUCGCCGGUAUCGUUUUCCAGCUCAUCUCAAUCUCGGUUUUUGUCUACUGCGGCACCGACUUCUUCCUACGCAUCAAGCGCUUUGGACAGCUUAAGAUGUUUACCCGCGGCCCGUUGGCAGCACUCACGAGCGCGAUGAUUCUUUCCGUAGUUUGCAUCUACAUUCGGAGUAUCUACCGUACCAUUGAGUUGGCCCAAGGCUGGACUGGGUAUUUGAUUACUCACGAGUCGUACUUUAUUGGCCUCGAUGGAGUUAUGAUGAUUAUUGCCGUUGGAGUGUUCAAUGUUUGUCAUCCGGGGUGGUUGUUGCCCUCGAAGGCUGAGAUAAGUCUGCCUCAAUAUCAGAAAACUUCUACCAACUCUGAUGUUGAGAUGGGUUGA